AUGAGGAUCAUUUUUGUUCUGAUUGUCUCCUGAAUCCUAACCACCCCAGUGACCCUCCACAGGACCUGUUCUCCCUCCUGAUGGCUCUGCUGGUCUCACUUCCUGGAAGGAUUCCAGACAUGGCCUGGGUCCUGUUUCUCCUGCUGCCAGCAGCCUGCCUGCAAGCUGGGAACUUAGAAGGAUCCAACAGAGAAAAGCUUUAUGGGUUUGGUCAGCCAACACACAUCUCUGGUGUCCAGGGCAGCUCCAUCGCGAUCCCCUUCUUCUUCUACUUCUCCUGGGAGUUGGCAAAGGAUCCACAGAUGAGGAUUCUCUGGAGAUGGAAGGAGUUCCACGGGGAAUUUAUUUACAACUCCUCCUCGGGUUUCAUCCAUAAGCAUUUCAAGGACCGGCUCAUCCUGAACUGGACACAGCCUCAGACAUCCGGAGUCCUCAGAAUCCUGGACUUGAAGGAGGAAGAUCAGACAGUGUACUUCUGCCAAGUUCAUCUGAAAACAACAAAACGCAUGGAGGUUUUUCAGUCGAUCAAUGGUACCCGACUCAUCAUCACUCCUGCAGUCAGAACAACCACAAAGAGCCCCUCCAUCGUCACCUCUGCAGUCACCCCAGAUGGCCUCGAGGACACAGAGAACCUGAGGAAUCCUUCACUUGUGAGCCUGGUAGCCACGGUCGGGGUGGUGGUGGCCAUGGCUGUGCUCAUAACCCCCGUCUAUGUGAUGCUGAUCUUCCUCUGGUGGAAGAAAAGGCCAGCAGACUAAAGCUGAAACCCCAGCCAUGAGAGCAGCUGUCAUCCCAAGGGGAAGGUGAGGGGCUGUCUGGAGAAGUUUGUUAUGAGAGACAUGCAAGGGAGUUAGAGAGAUGAUCUGAGUUAGAAACCCUUGCACACAGGCAGGAGGACCUGUGUCUCACUGGGAGCACCCAAACUUUAAACCAGGGGAGUGACAGAAAUAUGUAAUCCCAGUCUGGACAAGCAAGUGACAGCCAGAAUCGUGGAGCUGUCUAUCCAGCUAGUCUAGCGUAAUUGCUGAGUUCCAGGCCAAUAAGAGACCAUGUCAUAAAAAAUAAUGUAGAUUCUUCAAGGGAAUACAUCAUGGUCGUGGCAUUUUCUAAGUUUAUUUCAAAUGAAAGGUUUGAAAAUUACAUAUUAAUGGACAAAAGAAAAGUGGGGAGCAGAGAGAUAGCUCCUUGGGAGAAGGUGUUUGCAGCUAAGCCUGUAGUGAUGAGCUGCGGGCAGGCCUGCUUUUCUUGCAGCCCGGCUCCUGCACGCCUGGCUAGCUUAUGCCCCAAAAUAACAACACACGAACUGUAUUCUU